UAAGAAAGAGCUAGAAUCAACCGUCAUUGAUUUAUUCAAGAAAGUUUUUUUUCCUUGUUCUUCGUCAACAAUAGUAAUCACUUGAUAAGAAUCAGAGAUUAAGGGAAGGUUGUGCAAAAUUUACGGCGCAGCAAACAAAACGCGCGCUGAUGCAGACUGAUCUAGCCCCACCCACUUUUUGGUAUUCGCUCGGUUGUUUCUUCGGACAAGAUGUCUCUUGUCGUGCAUGUGUUCUUAGCCUUGCUGGCUAGCUACAUAUGCAGCAGUGCACGAGACUUUCCAGACGAGAGCAACAUCCAACUUUGGACUUGCGAUGGCUCAGACGGACAAAAGUGGGAGUUGAUGAAUGAUACAACUAUUCGUCUUGUCAGUGAUAUGAAGUGUGUCGAUAUUUCAAACUAUGGAACAACAGAUGGCUCCAAUAUCUGGUUGUUUACCUGUCACACCAGUGACAAGACCCCAAGUCACCAGAACCAAGAGUGGUCAUUCAAUUCCAACGGCACCAUUACCAGUGUGAUGUCUGGGCUAUGUAUUGGCACUAGUGAUGGGACUGGUUCAAAUGUAGAAUUGCAGACUUGCACUGGCCCAAAAGUGGACAUUCUCAAUAGGACCUGGGAACGAGGCUGUAAUCCACCUGAGAAGGAACUGAAGAAUACAAUAAGAGUUGGACAAUUGUGCAUGGAUGUUGGGUCUAAGGCGUCAUGCCAGGAGACUCCAUGGAACACAUACCCCUAUUGCAACCCAAACCUGGAUCCAGAUUCGAGGGCAAAAGACCUCGUGAGCAGAAUGAAUACCAUUGAAAAGAUAACCCAGAUGCUCAGUGACAAAGAUGGAGUACCCAGGUUGGGUGUUCCUCCUUUUGGCCAUACAGAGUGUACUCAUGGGACUCUCAAUGAUGGAACACUUCUCACCACUCUCUUCCCGCAAGCUCUCUCGUUUGCUCGGAGUUUUGAUCGAAACCUGGUUCACUCAAUAGCAAGAGCGAUCUCGGAUGAGGUGCGGGCCAAGCACAACACCGCUAAUGCAGAGAACAAGUAUGACUAUCCUUAUGGGCUUAUCUGCUGGGCUCCUGUACUUAAUGUCUGCAGAGAUCUUCCGUUGCUUAUUCGCAUCUCACACACCAUGUACUGUAACAACACAUUCCUUGGGCGUAAUACUAAAUUUCUGACAAAAACCAUCUCUCUCUUCCAAGCUCGUUGGGGACGAUGUCAGGAGGGCUAUGGAGAAGAUCCAUAUCUCCAGGCAGAGUGUGCUAAACAGUACGUGCAAGGUCUACAGUAUGGACCUGACAAAAAGCAUAUUGAGGCCAUUGCUACGUGCAAACACUUUGAUGUUCAUACAGGACCUGAGAAUAUUCCAGUGAGCCGUUUCAGUUUUGAUGCAAUUGUUAGCUACCGAGACUGGAUUGAGACGUUUCAGCCAGCAUUCAAAGCCUGCGGAGCAGCUGGGGCCAUGUCCUACAUGUGCAGCUACAAUUCAAUCAAUGGUGUCCCAGCCUGUGCCAAUCGUGAGCUACUGGGAGAUUUGUUGAGAGGAGAAUGGAAUUUCACUGGCUUUGUUGUGUCAGACUGUGGUGCUAUUGGAAAUGUAUUUUCACAGCACAAAUUUGCUAAUAGUGCUGAGGAGGCCUCGGAGUUUUGUGUUAAGGCUGGCUGUGACUGGAACUGUGGUGAGAAAUGGUACUGGCGGUAACACCCAAGAAUACUAUAUUUUUUCCUCAACACAUAAUGAAUGCCAUCUGGAAUCUAGGAAUUACAUAUGCCAAUCUGCCAGAUGUGCUAAAUGCUGGACUAGUUACAGAAGAGAUGAUUGAUACAUCUGUUGUGCGACUAAUGAAGGGAUUUAUCUCAUUAGGGGUCCUAGAUCCCCCUGAUUCGGUCCCAUAUAACAGGUAGCACUUGCUAUAGGGAAGUUGUUGACGUCACUUUUGAUUCUGCAGUCUGAAUAUGUCUGGUAAAGGAUCAUGAGAAACUCAAUAAAAUUGCUGGUAAUCUUAGUUUCUGUGGGUGAUUACAUUUAUUUGGGAUCCAAAUUCACAGCACAAGAAUCAAUGGUACUGCUGAGAAAUGAUGGGACCUUACCAAUCAAUUUUGGUGCAUUCAAGAGUGUGGCAUUGAUUGGUCCCUGUGCUGAUGAUCCAGACUGUAACACAGGUUUAACACCUAUAGUUUAAUGUUUUGAGGUGUGUAGCUACAAUUAUAUCAAACCACUAAUUGUUUUAUGCUAGGUGACUAUAAUCCUCAGCCAGCAUACAUAGUUACACCCCGUGCUGCUUUUCUGAACAGAUCUGGACUAACAGUGAAUUAUGCCAGUGGAUGUGCUGAUGUGAAAUGCACCAGCAGCGCAGGAUUUGCCUCUGCAGUAACUACAGCAAGGAGUUCAGACUUUGUGGUGUAUGUUGGAGGCAUCAGUCACACCAUUGAGGGAGAAGGCCAUGACAGAGCAAAUAUAUUUCUCCCUGGACUCCAGAGCGACCUUAUCACAAUGUUGGUACAGGUAGGAAAGCCAGUGGUUGUGGUAUUGACUCAUGGGGCUCCAGUGGUGUCUCCAGUCUAUGCUAGUGUGAAUGCAGUGCUGAGUGCUGGUUAUGCUGGACAAGAGGCUGGUAAUGCUGUGUAUGCUGUUCUGACUGGGCUGUACAACCCAGCAGGACAUACAGUAGUCACCUGGUACACUAACGGCUCCCAGUUACCCGCAAUGACAAACUACAGCAUGGUCAACAGAACCUAUCGCUACAUGACAGCCACUCCCCUCUACAAGUUUGGCUAUGGUCUCUCUUACACAAAAUUCAACUACUCUCAUUUUCAACUGAGUCCUCAAACAGACAUAAAACCAUGUGAUUCAGUGGAGAUGAAGGUGACCGUGACUAACAUAGGCAGCGUGGUGGGCAGUGAAGUUGUCCAGUUUUAUGCCACUCUUACAAAUUCACCUGUCACUACAGCUCACAUCAAACUAGUUGGUUUUAAUAGAGUGGAAAACCUUAGUCAAGGAGCACAUGCAGUUGUCACAGUCUCCAUGGACCCUUCUCAGAUGACAGUGAUUUAUGACUUUGGAAAUGUUCCUAUGAUUGUGCCAGGAGAAUACCAAGUCUAUGCUGGUGGAAGUCAGCCAAACGAUCACAAUUCUCCAUCAAAUGUGCUUAGUCUUAGCUUUACCAUUACUGGAGAUCCUAUUCCCUUGUCUAACUGCACCUCAAAUUAAAACAUGAUAGAUCUGCAUGUUCGUAGUGCAUUGCCUGUUGUGUCUGAGAAAAUAGCUUCCCUCCUGUAUCACUUAUAUUUUAAAACAGAGA